AACAGAAAUUAAUUGAGAAAACCCUACCCUUAUACUACCUCCCCCACUUUCAGUUACACGCCUCCAUCACUCUCUCUCACACAAAGCCUCCAUCACUCCCUCUCACGGCUACUCCACAUACCCCACAGCGGCACAGCCCACAUGUAUUCACUGUCACUUUCACAGCCUCCACUCCACACGAAUCUGCCUCUGCUGCCCUUCACAUGCCUGCUUCCCCACGCGGCUUGAUCUUUUCAUUCUCACGCGUUAGUAAUCUCAUCUAUUUAAGUUUGAGAGAGAGAAAAAAGUUUUAGGAAAGUGGAUUUGAUCUACACGAACUCAAUCUCAGGCAAUAUCUGAUCACAGAGUACAGCCAAAUUCAGACGAAAUAACACUGAAGUAAGAAGAUAGGCUACAAAUAUGGUAGAGGCUGCGAUAUCCGCUCUUACUGAGAAGCUCAUUUCCCUGUUGAGCGAAGAAGCAACAGCAACACUGUUACGAGACAUCCAUGAAGAAGUAGCUGACAUCAAAGAUGAACUGGAGAGCAUUCAGUCCUUCCUUAAGGAUGAAGAUGCAAGGGCCGCAGCAGAGGACAUGAGCGAGGGUGUCAAAACUUGGGUGAAACAAGUCAAAGAAGUAGCUUUCCGCAUGGAUGUUUUUAUGGACGAGUACUUGCUUGAGAUGGCCCAACAUCAUCCCCAUCGGCUUCAGGGAUUCAGUGGUUUCCUCCAUAAAUCUGCUCGCUUAAUUUCAAUGUUAAAACCUCACCAUGAAACAGCCACCAAGAUUCAGAAGAUCAAAGCAUCAGUGCAGAAAAUCAAGGCAAGAAGUGAAAGAUACGGGUUCCAAUCCACUGGUCAAGGAUCAAGCAGUGGUACUCGGAAUGUUAGGUGGCAAGACCCUCGAAAGGACUCCCUUUAUCUUGAGGAUACUGAUCUUGUUGGAAUUGAAUCUUCUAGAAAUGAAUUGAUAGGCUGGUUGGUAGAAGGACAACCUCAUCGUAUUGUAAUUUCGGUAGUAGGAAUGGGGGGACUAGGCAAGACCACACUAGCCAAAAAAAUAUAUGAUCAUCAAAUGGUUAGAAUACACUUUGAAUGCUAUGCGUGGAUUUCAGUGUCUCAAUCUUACAACAUACAAGAUCUAUUAAGGAGCAUCAUAAAGCAAUUUCGUGAUGCCAGAGAGGAGCUUCCUAUGCCGGGAAUUGACACAAUGGACGAACAAUCAUUGGUAAGUAAAUUAAGAGAUUACUUACGGCUAAAAACGUAUGUGGUAAUAUUUGAUGAUGUAUGGCAAAUUGACUUUUGGGAGGGUAUAAAACAUGCUUUACUUGAUAAUAAUAAGGGUGGUAGAAUUAUGAUCACAACACGUAAUAGGGAGGUGGCUAGUUUUUGUAAAAAAUCUUCACAUGUUCAUGUUUUCGAAUUGCAACCACUAACUCCUGAUGAGGCAUGGGAGCUAUUUUGCAAAAGGGCGUUCCAAUUUGAAUUUGGAGGACAUUGUCCCCCAAUAUUGGAGAAAUUGUCUCAGGACAUUGUUGAGAAGUGCAAAGGCUUACCACUUGCAAUUGUUGCUAUGGGCGUUCUUUUGUCAACCAAAGACAAAACUGUCUUUGAAUGGCAAAACUUGCAUGAUAGUGUUGGGUUUGAGUUAGGAAGAAAUCCCCAUCUUACAGGUGUUGAUAAAAUCUUGUCCUUAAGUUAUGAAGACUUGCCAUGCCACCUCAAAUCUUGCUUAUUAUACAUUGGUAUGUAUCCAGAAGACUACUCCAUUAGUUGCAUCAAAUUGAUUAGACAAUGGAUAGCUGAAGGAUUUGUGAAGGAAUUGGAGGGUAAAACAUUUGAGGAAGUUGCACAAGAAUAUUUGACUGAAUUAAUCCACAGAAGCUUGGUUCAAGUAUCAUAUGUUGACAUAUCUGGGAAAGUUAGAAAAUGUCGACUCCACGAUAUCUUACGUGAGGUCAUACUCCGAAAGAUGAAGAAUUUGAGUUUUUGUCAUGUUCUCUCAAAACAAGAGUCUCACUUUGAAGGAUUAACUCGACGCAUGUCAAUUGAUGGAGUUUCAUAUGUUGUAUUGAAGGAAUUUGAGAACACUCAUAUUCAUUCUCUUUUAUUUUUCAAUCUUGAUGAAUUUCCAAAGUCCUUUAUGAGUACUUUUGUUGCUAAUUUCAAGCUUUUGAAAGUCAUGGAUUUUGAAGAUGCUUUGUUGGAUUGCAUUCCUGAAGAUGUUGGAAGUUUAUUUCAUUUAAGGUAUUUAAGUUUAAGAAAUACCAAAGUUAAAAUUCUUCCAAAAUCCAUAGGAAAGUUGCAAAAUCUGGAGACUCUAGAUCUAAAGCAAUCCCUAAUUUCUGAUAUACCAAUUGAGAUCAACAACCUUCGUAAGCUACGACAUUUAAUAGCUUACAAUCUUGAUUUCAAAAAAGACAAUAGUUUGACUUUGGGUAAAGGGGUAAAGAUACAAAAGGGUUUUGGGUGUUUAAAGAACUUGCAAAAGUUGUAUCAUGUGGAGUUGAAUCAUGGAGGGGUUGAUCUUACUAAAGAGUUGGGAAAGUUAGAACAAUUGAGGAAGCUAGGCGUGAAAAACUUGUCAAAGGAAACCAUGACAGCUUUGUGUGCCUCUGUUGAAAAUAUGAACCACCUUCGGUCUCUUGAUGUAACCUUAAUUAGCGAAGAUGAGAUAGUUGAUUUAAAAUUCAUUUCAUCCCCACCUAAAUUUCUUCAAAGCCUACAAAUAAAGGGGCGAUUAGAGAAGUUACCAGAGUGGAUUUCAGAACUUCAACAUCUGGUCAAACUAAAGAUUUUAUGGUCCAGGUUAAAUGAUGACCCAUUGAAAGUCCUUCAAAAUCUACCAAACUUACGGGAGCUCAUGAUCUCACGCCAAGCAUACAACGGAGAACAUUUGCAUUUUAAGGUAGAAGGGUUUCCAAAACUCAAGUGGCUAUGGAUUAGACACUUAAAUGCAUUGCAUUCGCUAUUGAUAGAUGAAGGAACAUUGCCUGUUCUUGAAUUUUUUUCCAUUGGGCAUUGUCUAGAACUUAAAGAGGUGCCUUCCGGAAUCCAACAUUUGAAAAACCUCAAAAAACUGGGAUUUUGGGGGAUGCCCAAAGAAUUUGAAGAAAGUUUGGAUCCUGAGCAAGGGCUACAUUACUGGAUCGUUAAGCAUGUACCAGUCAUUAUUCUCUUCCACAAGGCUCGUACAGGAUAUUAUGGCUAUGACAACCACAAUCUCUGUUCCAAGCAUUUGGCGGGGUUAAGAGGGCAAAGGCAAACAUUCAACCAGGAUGAGUUUAGAUGUUGGGGUUAAGAGGGCAAAGGCAAAAAAUCAAAGUUUGACAAAGUUGUGGGAGGUAAACAAUCAAUUGUUGUUGUUGGGACAUGUUGGGCUAAAUUUUUUAUUUUUUAUUCCAUGGUUUGACUUCUAUAUGUUUGCAAUUGUCUCUUCUAGUGUGAUGCUCAUUGUUGAAGCCCAAAUAUGUGGUUGUUUUGCCACAAUCAUGGGUUCAUUGGUGUUGCUAUUUUCUUAAGUACAAUUGUAGUUGCGGUCAUCCGUAAUUGUUUAUUUUGUACAAUGAUUUUAAAAUCUUUGAAUUGUUGUCUAUGUGGUUUUGAUCUCUUUCUUUAAUCAA